CUACCUAAAUACUCCAUUCACCCCUCUGACUCGAGCUCGACUACCUCACCUUCUCUGUCUCGGCCGGACCCUUCUCUCUCUGGCUCGACAGCACCGGAGACUUUUCAACGAAAACGGUAACAACACCCGGCUUUUGCUUGACUUUGAAUUCCAAAUCUUUGUCAUGGUGAAUGGCGAUUCCAAGCUGCUGGGUGCCCAACUAGGCGUCCUUACCUUAAAUGGCACUGCCUCCAUUGCAAAAGCGGAAUUUUCCGAUAUAAUUCCUAUCCGAUCCAUCAUUGUGCGACCUGAUGAUGACUGGUCUGCAUUGGCCGGCCAGCGGGUUCGGGUUGGUGGCUGGGUGAAGACUGCUCGGAAGGGAAGCAAGGGUUCAAGAUUUUUGCAGCUGAAUGAUGGGUCAUGCUUGGGAAACUUACAGGUGUUUGUGGAAGCAGACAAGGUUGACCUCGGGCAGCUUGCGCGGACUGGUAUAUGUGUUGUCGCAGAUGGUGUGCUUAAGCUGCCCCCGGAGGAUAAAGAGCAGAAGGUGGAGCUUAAGGUGGAGAAGAUGGUACAUGUCGGUCCAGUCGACCCUGCUGAUUACCCUUUGCCCAAGACCAGCCUACCCCUUGAGUUUAUCUCUGUAGUUAUUCGAAUCAGAAGUGCCCUGGCACAUGCAACUCACAUAUUCUUCCUAGAGCGUGGCUUUCUGAACGUGCAGACUCCAAUUAUGAACUGCAGCGAUUGCGAGGGUGCCGGUGAGAUGUUUCAAGUCACAACCUUGUUUAGUGAAGGUGAGAAGUUGGAAAAGGAUCUGCUUAAGAACCCUCCUCCAUCAGAAGCAGACGUAGAAGCUGCUAAGGUCAUUGUUAAGGAGAAAGAAGAUGUUGUUACUCUGCUGAAAUCUUCUAAAGCAAGUAAGAUGGACAUUGGUGAUGCUGUGGCUGAACUUAAAAGGGCAAAGGAAAAUCUCUGGAAGCUGGAGGAGAGAUCUAAGCUUCAACCUGGUAUCCCUCAUAAGGAGGGGAAGAUUGACUAUACUCUAGAUUUCUUUGGCCGGCCAACAUUUUUGACUGUUUCUGGCCAACUACAACUUGAAGCGUAUGCAUGUUCUCUUAGUAAGGUGUAUUCAUUUGGGCCUACUUUUCGAGCUGAGAAGUCACAUACUACAAGGCAUUUGGCAGAAUUCUGGAUGGUGGAGCCUGAAAUGGCAUUUGCGGAGCUUGAGGAUGAUAUGAACUGUGCAGAGGCAUAUGUGAAAUUCAUGUGUGAGUGGUUACUUGAAAAAUGCCAUGAAGAUAUGGAAUUUUUUGCUGAGAGGUAUGAUAAAAGUUGCAUUGAUCGUCUAAGAAUGGUCGCUUCAACACCUUUUGAACGGAUUACGUACACAGAAGCAGUGGAGCUGCUAAUUGAGGCGGUGAAAAAUGGCAAGGAGUUUGAGAACCCUGUGGAAUGGGGGAUUGAUUUGUCAUCUGAGCAUGAAAGGUACUUGACGGAGGUGAAAUUUCAGAAGCCUGUUAUUGUUUACAAUUACCCUAAAGAUAUCAAAGCAUUCUACAUGAGGCUCAAUGAUGAUUCUGAGACAGUGGCUGCCAUGGAUGUGCUGGUACCAAAGGUGGGAGAGUUGAUAGGGGGAAGCCAAAGGGAAGAGCGUUUUGAUUUUCUCCAGAACAGGAUUUUGGAGAGGGGACUGCCUGUUGAGCUAUAUCAGUGGUACCUUGACUUGCGGCGCUUUGGGACUGUCAAACAUAGUGGUUUUGGUUUAGGCUUCGAACGGAUGGUUAUGUUUGCUACUGGCCUUGACAAUAUUAAAGAUUGUAUUCCCAACCCUAGAACUGAGGGAAGAGCAGAUUAAUAAAGUAGCUAUAUAUAAGUUGAUAGGAUAUUCGA